AAAUAUUUAACUUAUAGUUUUUUUUUUCAGAUUAAAUUUUGAUGUCAGUCAUCCAUCUCAAAAUUCAAAAUCCAAAUGACUAAAUCUUCACUGAGAUUUGAACUCGUGACCUCUUUGUUAAAAAACUAAUAGUUUUACCACUAAGCUACUAUGCCGUCAGUUCAUUGAAUACAUAUAAAUAUUAACUAUGUAGGCUAAUGCUAAUGAUAACAUUGUCAGCCAGCUAAACAUUACAACUAUGCCAAUAACACUUCACUCUGAACACAUCUAUUUUGUAUGAAGAGAGGAAGAAUAGUGAUUUUUUAUAGUUUGUACUUAUAGCUUCUGAUAUUUGUGCUAAAAAUAUUGAAGUCUGCCUUUUUACCAGCAUUGUUUACCAAACAGAUAACCCAUGGGUGCCAGGUCAGGCUGACUAUUUGGGCAAUCGUGCAAAUGUCCUGUGGGCUGGCACCUAAAUGGGCUGCCGAAUGGGUCAAUUUAAAAGUCUCUCUACAAUUAAUACUUCAGGGAGUUUUUCUCUUCACUCUCAGCACAUUAUUACUUGGUUGGCUUCUACCUAAGAUCUACACACUGCUUUUAUGUGCAAUUCACUCAUUAGUUCCAGCAAAAGCUAAACAUGAAAAGGAUGACCUUGAACUGUAUGAAAGUAAAAAAAAAGAGCACAGAGAAAAGAGUCAAACACAAUAUGACUCUCUGGCUUCAGAAUAUAAUCAGAGAAUUUUAAUUCCCCGUCAAGAGGAGAAAAGAAGAAAAAAAGAGGAAGACUUUAUAAAAUUUCUAGGUCCAGCUUGGAAAGGCAAAGGCUCCCCACUUGGAGGUCAAGUAUUUGAUGAUGAGAACCAUUGCGACUCCGCUGGUCAAGAAGCUGCAAGAAGAAGGAUAGUCAGAGAAGACAUUAAUCUUGAUGUUUUAGCUGCAGCUGCAAGCAAUGCUGCAAAGAAAAAAAAAAUUAAGCAUGUCAUAACAUUGCCUGAUGAACCAUCCGCUGAUGAGCCUGAUGCUAUUUCAGUUUUAUUUAGAACACCAUUAGGGACUACCUUUCAGCGCAGAUUUCUGAACUCUGAUAAAGUGCAGUGUCUGUGUGAUUUGAUAACAACAAAAGGUUUCAGCUACAAGUCUUACAUCAUCUCAACAUCAUAUCCCAGGGUGCUACUGAGUGACCCUAAUGUUACCUUGUUGGAAUUAAAGUUUGGAAAGAGAAUCCUGCUGAACAUUGAAGAAAAGGAUGCCUAGUAGUGUUCAUUUACUUUUUUAUGAAUAACUCAUUUUUACUGUGUAGCACAACACCAAAACUUGGUGCUCAAUAUUUUUUAGUUAAAUUGAAUCUAAAAUUGUAGCUUUAUUCAUAGAUUGCAACAUUGUAUUUGGGAAAUAAAUCAAAAAGAUUUGAUAUCAAUAUUCUAGGACAGUGUUUUCCAAACUGUGUUCCUUGAUAGGUGUUCCACAAACUAUCGGGUAUUGGAGUAAUUAAAAGUGGGUCUACACAUGGCUCAUUUAUAAAAUAAAUGCAGAAAAUAAAAUAUAAUUUUAUUUUAUUAGUUCUUCUUGGUAGAGGAAAAAAAUGUAUUAUAUAACUAGGAAUUUUGAACUGAUGCAGAUUCUGACUAUAUUGAACCAAAGAUCAAAGCAUAAAAAGAUAUCUGGUCGAGUUUGUCUGAAAAUAACCAAGAUAUUUAAAAAUUAGAUAUUUUUAUCAUAGCUAGUUUCCUUAGGCAUCAGGAUUUUCUAAUUAUCAUAUUGUAACAAGUCAAAGAUUUUAGAAUUCAUCUUACCAAUAUUGUGCCUGAUAUCAAAAAGUUUUGCUCUUCAAGUACACAAUAUCAUCAAAGUUAAUCAACCAUAUGUUGUUAUAUGUCUUUGUAUUUAUUUUACUAGUCUAUAGGCCAAACACUUAGUUAUAUAAUUGAAAAGUAAUCAUACAGCUAAAUUAGAAUUUGGUUUAAUUACUAUUAUUGUCUUACUUAAACACAUAGGAUUAGAAAUCUAAACUGUUUUUUUAUUAAACAUUUUAAGCAAUUUAUGUU